AGCAGAAUGGGCACAAUAAUACAUGCACUGUGUUAUCUUUUUCUUGUUGAACCUCUCCUCUCUUCAGGAUUUACGGUAGCCAGUACUAAUGCUAUAACAGUACCAGAUAAUCUUCAAAUGCGCCUGGUUGGAGGCUGGAACAGAUGUAGUGGACGUGUGGAGAUAUACUAUCAAGAUGCUUGGGGCACUGUAUGUGAUGAUAUCUGGGACAUUGCUAAUGCAGCUGUUGUUUGCAGACAAUUAAAUUGUGGUUACGCAUCUGCAGCACAUGGCAGUGCAUAUUUUGGACAAGGUUCCGGGCACAUAGUUUUGGAUGAUGUGAGCUGUACUGGUAGUGAGCAAUACCUGUGGCAAUGUCCACAUGCUGGCUGGGGCUACCAUAACUGUGGCCCACACGAAGAUGCUAGUGUUAUCUGUUCAGAUUCUCAUGAAGGAACCACAGACGUAUAUCCAGUUUCUCAAACAUAUUUCUCAGUCCCCAGUUACAGCGGCUGUGGAGGGCUCCUGAUGCAACAUUCUGGGGUCAUAACUAGCCCAUUUUUCCCUAAUAGUUAUCCUUCUAAUGCCAAAUGCAUAUGGGAAAUCAGGACCAGUCCAGGAUAUAUUGUGCAGCUGACUUUUCAACAUUUCAAUUUGGAGAAUAGUGGAAAUAAUAAUUACUGUCCCUAUGACUGGGUUGCAAUAUACGAUGGCAUUCCUGAAUAUUCAUCUCUGCUUGGACUAAUUUGUGGUUCUGGAAAUUAUACUUUUUACUCAUCCUCUAACAUCAUAGGUGUAGAGUUCAUAAGUGAUAAUUCUGUUGAAUUGAAUGGAUUCCAGGCACGAUUCACAUCAAUUUACGGAAAUUCAUCAGAAAAUUACCCCAUACGUCUUGUCGGCGGUGUGGAUAACUGUUCUGGGCGAGUUGAGAUAUACUAUCAGAAUGAAUGGGGAACAGUUUGUGAUGAUGGCUGGCACAUCAGAAAUGCAGAAGUAGUAUGUAGGCAGUUAGAUUGCGGCUCUCCUGUUUCAGCUUUAGGUAAUGCUUAUUUUGGACAAGGCCUUGGAAACAUCAUUAUGGAUGAUGUAAAUUGCAAUGGAAACGAGCAGUUCCUUUCACAGUGCUCUCACAGAGGAUGGUCAAGUCAUAACUGUGCUCACUCGGAGGAUGCAGGUGUCAUUUGUUCAGUUCCCAGUAACACUAGCUGUGGAGGGCUCCUAAUCCAACAUUCUGGUGUCAUAACUAGUCCUUUAUACCCAAACAACUAUCCCCCAAAUGCAAGAUGCACAUGGGACAUCAGGACCAACCCGGGAUACAUUGUGAAGCUGGCUUUUCAAACAUUUAAUUUGGAGAGUGGUGGAAGUAACAGUUACUGUCCCUAUGACUGGGUAGCAAUUUAUGAUGGAAUUCCUGAAUAUUCAUCUCUGCUUGGAAAAUUUUGUGGCUCUGGGAACUAUACUUUCUAUUCAUCCUCUAACAUCAUCGGUGUAGAGUUCAGAAGUGACUCUAGUAUUCAGCUGAGUGGAUUCCAGGCAGUGUUUACAUCAAUCACCUCAAAUUCAUCAGGAAACUAUCCAAUGCGUCUUGUCGGUGGCAUGAGUCAAUGUGCAGGACGUGUUGAAAUAUACUAUCAAAAUGCCUGGGGAACAGUAUGUGAUGAUGGCUGGAACAUUAGAAAUGCUGAUAUUGUAUGCAGGCAACUGAACUGUGGAUCCGCAGUUUCAGCUCUAAGUAAUGCCUAUUUUGGACCAGGUUCAGGACGCAUAUUAUUGGAUGAUGUUAUAUGUAAUGGGACUGAGCAAUAUCUUUGGGAGUGCCCUCACCGUGGAUGGGGAAAUCAUGAUUGUAGUGCCAGUGAAGAUGCUGGAGUCAUUUGCUCAGAUUCAUCGCAGUCUCCAUCAUGGAACCACACAGAUUAUACCACAACAACACCAGUUCCCAGUAACAUUAGCUGUGGAGGGCUCCUAAUCCAACAUUCUGGUGUCAUAACUAGUCCUUUAUACCCAAACAACUAUCCUCCAAAUGCAAGAUGCACAUGGGACAUCAGGACCAACCCGGGAUACAUUGUGAAGCUGGCUUUUCAAACAUUCAAUGUGGAGAGUGGUGGAAGUAACAGUUUCUGUCCCUAUGACUGGGUAGCAAUUUAUGACGGAAUUCCUGAACAUUCAUCUCUGCUUGGAAAAUUUUGUGGCUCUGGGAACUAUACUUUCUACUCAUCCUCUAACAUCAUCGGUGUAGAGUUCAGAAGUGAUUCUAUUAUUCAGCUGAGUGGAUUCCAGGCAGUGUUUACAUCAAUCACCUCAAAUUCAUCAGGAAACUAUCCAAUGCGUCUUGUCGGUGGCAUGGAUCAAUGUGCAGGACGUGUUGAAAUAUACUAUCAAAAUGCCUGGGGAACAGUAUGUGAUGAUGGCUGGAACAUUAGAAAUGCUGAUAUUGUAUGCAGGCAACUGAACUGUGGAUCCGCAGUUUCAGCUCUAAGUAAUGCCUAUUUUGGACCAGGUUCAGGACGCAUAUUAUUGGAUGAUGUUAUAUGUAAUGGGACUGAGCAAUAUCUUUGGGAGUGCCCUCACCGUGGAUGGGGAAAUCAUGAUUGUAGUGCCAGUGAAGAUGCUGGAGUCAUUUGCUCAGCUUCAUCGCAGUCUCCAUCGUGGAACCACACAGGUAAUAUUUCCUUUGAUUAUUAUACCACAACAACACCAGUUACUUUUAACACUACUUGGCACCAGUGGUCAACAACAGCUCCUAACUAUACAUGUGGUGGUCUCUUAACUAACCCCACAGGGCUAUUGUCCAGCCCCUUAUACCCAGGAUAUUAUCCUAAUAAUGCAUAUUGUGUAUGGGAAAUUCGAGUGACUCCUGGUCACCAAGUGGAGCUGACUUUCUUACAAAUGGAUUUAGAGUAUGCAAACAAUUGUGUAUAUGACUCAGUGACAAUAUAUGAUGGCCUACCAUUGAGUUCACCCCAACUGGACAAAAUUUGCACAUCUGCAAAUCAUACAUACAUUUCCAACUCCAAUAUCAUGGGAAUAGUCUUCCGUAGUGAUUCCAGUGUACAAGGAAAUGGCUUCCAGGCUGUAUACACAUCAUCACAAAGAAACAACAGCACACCAGUCAACUGUGGUGGAAUCCUGACUAAUCCUUGGGGAAUAAUUGAGAGUCCUUCCUACCCAUAUUCUCGCAACCCUGCAGAAUGUACCUGGCAUAUACAAGCAGGGUCUAAUCAAGUUAUCCAGAUCAGCUUUGAUGAUUUUGCAUUGGAAAACUCAUACUCUUGUGCAAAUGCAUAUGUUGCAGUGUAUGAUGGCUCCCCUCUUGGUUCUGCAUUAUUGGGUAAAUUCUGUGGAUCAUAUAGACAAAAUUUUACAUCCUCGUCUAACAGUCUAAGUGUGGUUUACUUCAGCAGAGGAAGUAAUGAUAACUUUGUCAGAGGAUUUCACUCCAGCUAUGUUUUUGUUACUCAGAAUAAUCAGAAUGUGACUCUUACAUGUACAACAAAUUACAUGGAAGCCCGGAUUUCUGUUUGGUAUCUUCAGUCUUUAGGCUUUUCACCAAGUGACAUUUUCUUAAAUGACCCUCAGUGUCGCCCGCAGACUUAUGGCAGCUGGUUGACUUUUUACAUAUACUACAACCAAUGUGGCACCCUGAGACAGGGAGAAAGAGACACCAUCAGUUACUCUAAUACUAUAAAUAGUUACCACGCUAAUGAAAUAAUUGAAAGAAGCAAAAAACUGAGCUUAAACCUGCAAUGUCAGAUGUACCAGAAUAGCAUGGUAGAAAUCAUGUACCACGCUAAUGAUGUAAUACAACAAAACCUGACUCGGUAUGGCCUUUAUAAUGCUGGCCUCGCAUUCUACUACAAUCCAAGUUUCACCAGUCCUGUGUACCAAUAUCCAUACUAUGUCCAGCUCGAUCAGAACUUGUAUCUCCAGGCAACUUUGCAAAGCUCCGACCCUGAUCUAAUCUUGUUUGUGGAUACCUGUGUUGCUUCACCCAGCUCAUCUGAUUUUGUAACCCGAACCUAUGACAUAAUACGCAAUGGAUGUGUAAGAGACCCUACAUAUUCUACAUAUUCUUCUCCAUACCCAUACCAGGCUCGUUUUGGAUUUAGAGCAUUUGGAUUCCUUCAAAACUAUUCCAGUGUGUAUCUUCAGUGCAAACUGACCGUGUGUCAGCGGUAUAAUUACAACUCCCGUUGCUAUCAGGGCUGCCUUGCUAGACGUAAAAGAGCUGCUGAACAAGUCCAUGAUCAAAUAACUGUCUCUCUUGGGCCAUUUGAACGUAAAAAUUAGCAACUCGCUACCUACUUUCCUUAAAUUCAAAGAACAAUUCCUUCAUCUGUUAUCUGGCUUUCGCUUGCAAAUGCUUUUCUGAUUUGUUACUGUAAAAUUUGUAGGACAAUGUUUUUAAAUUUGAGAUGUAAUUAUUAUAUGCCCUAAGUGACACUGGGAUCUAUGUAGGGCUCCAAUUAAAGCCUGAAUGCUUACCUAUAAUUAGCACUGUAUAAAAUGCAAUGAUGAAUGACCACAGAUGAUUGUGGAUAACUAUAUUUUUAAUGCGUGCUUGUUUCUGGAUGGAACAAUUCAGGCUUUCUUUUUUAAGAGCUUUACAGUUCUCAGUGUACAGUCUAUGUAUUACUAUAUCAAAUUUCUGACUAAGGAGUUGCAAGGAAUGCACCAUUGACAAACCUUGCUAAUAAAGUAAAGUAUUUCAUUAUUA